GAUAAGUGUUUCCAGAAAAUAGAUGUAAUUAUUUUUCCAAUCUACCCCCAUUAUAUUUACAGAUGCCUGUUGCAUUUCACUGGUAUUGUUUAGUCCUAGAGGCAUUUAGUUUCCUCCAAUAGGAAGGGUAGGACUGCCUAUUUAUACCUCUUACAGCACAGCUCAGUUCAUUAUUGCACAGACUGACACACACCUAGAGCAGAGACAGUCCAGACUGACACAUACAUAGAGCAGAGACAGUCCAGACUGACACACAUCUAGAGCAGAGACAGUCCAGACUGAGACACACCUAGAGCAGAGACAGUCCAGACUGACACACAUCUAGAGCAGAGACAGUCCAGACUGAGACACACCUAGAGCAGAGACAGUCCAGACUGACACACAUCUAGAGCAGAGACAGUCCAGACUGACACACAUCUAGAGCAGAGACAGUACAGACUGAGACACACCUAGAGCAGAGACAGUACAGACUGACAUCACUGAUAUGGCAGAAGGCACCAAACAAAAUCCUAAAAAAUACUUAGAGCAAGAUUAUGAAAAGCUGAGAGCAAAGUAUCUGGCCAUGCCCUCUACAACUCUAUUUGAGGAUGAGAAAUUCCCUGCAGUUCAAGCAUCACUUGGGUCUAACAAAGUGGGAAUCGACUGGCUGAGACCAAAGGAUAUCCAUCCCAACCCCGAAUUUGUUACCAACGAAGCAACACGUUUUGAUAUUUGUCAACAAGGUCUUGGUGACUGCUGGUUUCUGAGCUCAUUGGGAUGUCUCACACUCAAUAAAGAAUAUCUGUCCCUGGUUGUCCCUCAACCUCAAAGCUUCAAGGACAAAUAUGCAGGAAUCUUCCACUUUAGGGUCUGGCAGAGAGGCGACUGGGUGGAUGUGGUUGUGGAUGACAAACUCCCUACUAAAAACAAGAAAUUGGUGUAUGUAAAGUCAGCUGACGAGAAAGAGUUCUGGACUGCACUGCUGGAGAAGGCUUUUGCCAAGUUGUACGGUUCCUAUAAAGCCAUUUCAGAAAAAAACCCAAUCUUAGCACUAGAGGAUUUCACUGGUGGAGUUUGUGAAUCUUACACUCUGAAGACUGCUCCAGCUGACUUCUUCCAGACUCUACAGAGGUCUGUGAGAGCAAAAUGCCUGCUCACCGGUUCCGUAAGUUCUGAAGGAAAAGGUAACAAAACAAGAGGCAUUGUUGGUGAACAUGCGUAUUCCAUCACUGGAGCAGAGGAGGUCUCCUACAGCAAAGGGAAAGUCCAACUGAUCCGGCUGCGAAAUCCCUGGGGUCACAAGGAAUGGAAAGGCCCAUGGAGUGAUGAAGCCAAAGAAUGGAAUGAUGUUACCCCCGAAGUGAAGGAGGCUCUUUUCACUCACAGGGAUGAUGGAGAAUUUUGGAUGCCGUAUGAAGAUGUGGCGAACGAGUACAAUACUAUAGAGAUCUGCUAUGUUGUCCCAAGUGAAGGGGUUAAUUUGAAUGAGCCACACUGGAGCCUGACUCAGACAGAUGGAAGCUGGAAGAAAGGGAAUCCUGCAGAGACAUUUUUAGCCGGCCCACAGUUCCGCAUUAAGCUGGAGGUCCCCGAUGAUGAUCAGGAUGCAGAGGGGCUCUGUACAGUCAUCGUUGCUCUAAUGCAGAAGACGACCCCUAAAAACAACAUCCUGAUGUUUCACCUGUACCAGCUCCCUAAAGAGGUUUCCUCCAAUGACCUAGUGAAGAAUAUGAAAUCUAUGACGCUAAUACAAAAAAACCAAAGGAACAGCGGGAUCACAGCCAGGUUCCGGGUGCCUAAGGGAGACUACUUGAUCGUCCCCGACCCUACUGAUCCCAGCCAGGAUUUUGAUUUUUGCAUCCGAGUCUAUUCCAUGAAAAAGGGCGGAGCUCCCUGAGCACCAUCACAUGAAGAGGAUGCUGGAGGCACAAAUAUAUCUGAAUAAUUUGCUUGUGUGCCUUAAUGUGUUGCUUUUCCUGGGGCUUUGCGGGAACUACAAAAUCCCUAGAGCUCAGCUUUUGUGUCCCCCUUGAAUUAUCUCUAGCUCAGGGAUUGUGGGCUGGUUAGACAACUAGUCUGUGAGUAGCAAAAAUCAUUCACUCUAUGGAUAAAAUAUUCUUUAGUGAGCUACCAAAUUAAUCAUCAGGUUACCUAGUUGCUAGGGGUUACUAGCCUGGUUACUAGCCUGGGGCAUAACUUUCAACUGUCAUUACAUUACCCCCGGAUUAUAUAACUGGCAGGGUAGAAGACAGACAUGCAGAAUAGUUCGGUGUUAGGAUCUUGGGAACAUGUAUCAAAACCAAAUGCUUUAUGUGCUUAAGGGGGCUGUUCACCUUCCAACACUUUUUUCAGUUUGGUUAGUUGCAGAUAGUUCUCCGAAAAAUAACUUUUUUCUAAUAUUGUAGCUUAAAGGGGUGGUAUACUCGCCAACUCGUGCAAGUGUUCCAUGCAUGCGCGCCAGCAUCAAUCUGUGCAUGUGCGCGCUAACUCCAAUGCACGCUCUCAUCCGGCGGCGCCACCAGCCAGGUUGCCUGGCCGGCUCUUGGGGGGGGGUCUCUGACCCAGUUAACUGUUCUAAAUUAAUACAUUCGUUGACACAUUUCUUAUCUUUGGCCCUGCUGAGCAAAAUCCCUGAGUUUCAAUAAAAGCAGCUGUCUACCUAUGUAUGCUGCCAUGUUUGGCCAUCUAUACCCAUAUUCCUUCUUGUUUAUUUGCCAAAUCAAAUGGAAGCCUGCAGGAAUUGUAAAAGCCCAGCCAUAUAGGGGUUGUACAGCUUUAAAUUAACUUUAGAAUGAUGAAGAGAGUGAUGUUAUGAGACAAUUUGCAAUUUGUUUUCAUUUUAUAUUAUUUGUGUUUUUUGAAUUA